AUGGUCUGGCGGACCUUGUGUUGUCAUUCUCCGAGCGACGGCCGGAGGCGGCGGCGUAGGCCCGGGCGGGGCGUUUGGUUUCGUUUCUGCACCUACUGGAAUUAGUGUCGACGGUCAAAAUGGGAGUCCCCAAGUUUUACCGAUGGAUCUCGGAGCGGUAUCCCUGCCUCAGCGAAGUGGUGAAGGAGCAUCAGAUUCCAGAAUUUGAUAAUUUGUACCUGGAUAUGAAUGGAAUUAUUCAUCAGUGUUCCCAUCCAAAUGAUGAUGAUGUUCACUUCAGAAUUUCAGAUGACAAAAUCUUUACUGACAUUUUUCACUACUUGGAGGUGUUAUUUCGAAUUAUUAAACCUAGGAAAGUGUUCUUUAUGGCUGUUGAUGGUGUGGCUCCUCGAGCAAAAAUGAACCAGCAACGUGGAAGGCGUUUUAGGUCAGCCAAGGAGGCAGAAGACAAAAUUAAAAAAGCAAUUGAAAAGGGAGAAACGCUUCCUGCAGAAGCCAGAUUUGAUUCUAACUGUAUCACACCAGGGACUGAAUUCAUGGCCAGGUUGCAUGAGCAUCUGAAGUAUUUUGUAAAUAUGAAAAUUUCCACUGACAAAUCAUGGCAAAGUGUUACCAUCUACUUCUCAGGCCAUGAGACUCCUGGAGAAGGAGAGCAUAAAAUCAUGGAAUUUAUCAGAUCAGAGAAAGCAAAGCCAGAUCAUGAUCCAAACACCAGACACUGUCUUUAUGGCUUAGAUGCUGACUUGAUCAUGCUUGGAUUAACAAGUCAUGAGGCACAUUUUUCUCUCUUAAGAGAAGAAGUUCGGUUUGGUGGAAAAAAAACACAAAGGGUAUGUGCACCAGAAGAAACGACAUUUCACCUCCUACACUUGUCUUUAAUGAGAGAGUAUAUUGAUUAUGAAUUUUCAGCAUUAAAAGAAAAGAUCACAUUUGAAUAUGAUAUUGAAAAAAUCAUAGAUGAUUGGAUUUUGAUGGGAUUUCUUGUUGGCAAUGAUUUUAUCCCUCAUCUACCUCAUUUACAUAUUAAUCAUGAUGCAUUGCCUCUUCUUUAUGGAACAUACAUUGCCAUCCUGCCAGAGCUUGGAGGUUACAUUAAUGAAAGUGGACAUCUCAACUUACCUCGAUUUGAGAAAUACCUUGUGAAACUAUCAGAUUUUGAUCGAGAGCACUUCAGUGAAGUUUUUGUGGACCUCAAGUGGUUUGAAAGCAAAGUUGGUAACAAGUAUCUCAACGAAGCAGCAGGUGCUGCAGCCGAAGAAGCCAGGAACUGUAAGGAAAAGAGAAAAUCAAAGGGCCAGGAAAAUUCUUUAAGCUUGGCUGCUUUAGACAAAAGUGAAGGUGAAGUAGUAGCUUCUGAAGAUAGUUUUGAAGAUGAGACUGAAGAUGACGAUCUGUUUGAAACUGAAUUUAGACAAUAUAAGAGAGCAUACUACAUGACAAAGAUGGGGGUCGAUGUAGUAUCUGAUGAGUUUCUGGCUGAUCAAGCUGCUUGUUAUGUUCAGGCUAUACAGUGGAUCUUACACUAUUACUAUCAUGGAGUCCAAUCCUGGAGCUGGUAUUAUCCCUAUCAUUAUGCACCCUUCCUGUCUGAUAUCCGCAACAUCAGUGCUCUUAAAAUCCAUUUUGAACUGGGGAAACCCUUCAAGCCAUUCGAGCAGCUUCUUGCCGUCCUCCCAUCAGCUAGCAAAAAUUUGCUUCCUACCUGCUACCAGCAUUUGAUGACCAGCGAAGACUCACCAAUUAUAGAAUAUUACCCACCGGAUUUUAAAACUGAUCUAAAUGGGAAACAACAAGAAUGGGAAGCUGUGGUAUUGAUACCCUUUAUUGAUGAGAAACGAUUGUUGGAAGCCAUGGAGACAUGUAAUCACUCCCUCAAAAAGGAAGAAAGGAAAAGAAACCAACACAGUGAAUGUCUAAUGUGCUGGUAUGAUAGAGACACAGAGUUCACCUACUCCUCUCCAUGGCCAGAAAAGUUCCCUGCCAUAGAACGGUGUUGUGCAAGGUAUAAAAUAAUAUCAUUAGAUGCUUGGCGUGUAGACAUAAACAAGAACAGAAUAACCAGGGUUGACCAGAAGGCUUUAUAUUUCUGUGGAUUCCCUACUUUGAAACACAUCAAACAUAAAUUUUUUUUGAAGAAAAGUGGUGUUCAAGUAUUCCAGCAGAGUAGUCGUGGUGAGAACAUGAUGUUGGAAAUCUCAGUGGAUGCAGAUUCAGAUGAACUUAGUAUAGAAAACAUCGCCUCAUCGGUGCUUGGAAAGUCGGUCUUUGUUAACUGGCCCCAUCUGGAAGAAGCUAGAGUUGUGGCAGUAUCAGAUGGUGAAACUAAGUUUUACUUGGAAGAACCUCCAGGAACACAGAAGGUUUAUUUGGGGAAAACUGCUCCACCAUCUAAAGUCAUUGAACUUUCAGAUAAAGAACAGUUGAACUGGACUAAAGAAAUACAAGGAAUUUCAGAACAAUACCUAAGAAGAAAGGGAAUAGUAAUAAAUGAAACAUCUGCCGUUGUGUAUGCUCAGUUGCUCACAGGUCGUAAAUAUCAAAUCAGUCAGAAUGGUGAAGUUCAUCUGGAAAAACAAUGGUCAAAACAAAUUCUUCCUUUUGUUUAUCAAACUAUUGUUAAGGACAUCCGAGCUUUUGACUCUCGUUUCUCCAGUAUCAAAACGUUGGAUGAUUUGUUUCCUCCAAGAAGUAUGGUCUUUAUGCUGGGAACUCCUUAUUAUGGCUGCACUGGAGAAGUUCAGGAAUCAGGUGACGUGAUCACAGAAGGUAGGAUUCGUGUGGUUUUCAGCAUUCCAUGUGAACCAAACCUUGAUGCCUUAAUACAGAACCAGCAUAAAUACUCUAUAAAGUACAACCCAGGAUAUGUGUUGGCCGGUCGCCUUGGAGUGAGUGGAUACCUUGUUUCAAGGUUUACAGGAAGUAUUUUUAUUGGAAGAGGAUCUAGGAGAAACCCUCAUGGAGACCAUAAAGCAAAUGUGGGUUUAAAUCUCAAAUUCAACAAGAAAAACGAGGAAGUCCCUGGCUAUACGAAGAAAGUUGGGAGUGAGUGGAUGUACUCAUCGGCCGCAGAGCAGCUUCUGGCAGAGUACAUGGAAAGAGCACCAGAACUGUUUAGUUAUAUAGCCAAAAACAGCCAAGAGGAUGUGUUUUAUGAGGAUGACAUCUGGCCUGGGGAAAAUGAGAAUGGCACUGAGAAGGUUCAGGAAAUUAUCACUUGGCUAAAAGGACAUCCUGUCAGCACUCUGUCCCGCUCUUCUUGUGAUUUACACAUUCUGGAUGCAGCCAUUGUUGAAAAAAUUGAGGAAGAAGUUGAGAAGUGCAAGCAAAGAAAGAGUAAUAAGAAAGUGCGUGUGACAGUGAAGCCCCACCUGCUGUACAGACCCUUAGAGCAGCAGCACGGAGUCAUCCCUGACCGGGAUGCAGAGUUCCGUCUGUUUGAUCGUGUCGUGAACGUGAGAGAGAACUUCUCAGUGCCAGUCGGCCUCCGGGGCACCAUCAUUGGAAUUAAAGGAGCUAGUAGAGAAGCUGAUGUGCUGUUUGAAGUAUUAUUUGAUGAGGAAUUUCCUGGAGGCUUAACAAUAAGGUUUGUAUUCCAGAUACUAAGUGUACCUGCAAAAGGUGAUGAUGAAUUUUGCAACAUUUGGCAGUCUCUACAAGGAUCUGGAAAAAUCCAACCUUUUCAGCCGACGGUACAAGAGAAGGGUGCUGUUCUACCUCAAGAAAUAAGUCAAGUAGCCCAACCACAUAAAACUGGCUUUAAUGACAACAGUGUUAAAUACCAGCAAAAAACAAAGCAUGACCCUCACCGAAAACUUAAGGAAGAAUAUAAGAGUCCUAAAGCUGAGUGCCAGACACAAAAAUUGUCUAAUAAGCAGACUUCUGGAGCCUCUGCCAAAUGUAAUAUUAAACUAUUGAGGAGAAAUGAAAGUCCAGGAGCCUCAGAAGCCCAAAAGGUUGUGACUGGUUACCCAACUGCUAUCGAUAAGCCUCCCUCAGGAAUUGAGAACUUUUUAGCAUCUUUGAAUAUCUCUAAAGAGAGUGAAGUGCAGUCAACUCAUCACGGGGAGCCUCCAGAUGAGGAGCAUCUGUCUCCACAGUCGUUCGCGAUGAAAGGAACACGGAUGCUUAAAGAAAUUCUAAAAAUUGAUAGCCCUGAUACAACAGACAGUAAGAAUGAUGGAAAACAAUUUGAUAAUGAAGUCACUGCUUCUCCCAAUAGAAGAGAUGAGCACGGACUCUUACCACAUCCUGAACCAAGUAAGAAGCUGGCGUGUUUUAUGAACAAGCCUCAUGGUACUAAUGAAUACCAAAAUGUUCCAUCUGUGGAUAAUGUGUGCUGGCCUGGCCACAUCCCUCCUGUGUCCACACCAGUAACCGAACUUGCUCGAAUUUGUUCCCUUGUUGGAAUGCCACAACCAGAUUUCUCCUUCCUGAGAACAACACAGACAAUGACAGUUUGUCAGGUGAAACUUUCCAAUGGUUUACUGGUACAUGGGCCACAGUGCCACUCUGAAAGUGAAGCCAAGGAGAGAGCUGCACUUUUUGCUUUACAACAACUGGGCUCCUUUGGUGUGAAUUAUCCUUUGCCUCCACCAAUAUUCCCCAAUUAUCCUCCAGCUGUACCAUCUGGAACCAUUCCUCCCAUUUUUCCCCAACCUGCUGCUAAUAUGAUGCCUUCAUCGCCUCAUCUCUUUGGCUCAGUGCCAUGGAGACCACCAGUGCCCGUUGCUGGGAAGGCCUUCCACCAUCCUUCUUAUCCUGGAACCAUGCCCUUGGCUGGAGGAGUGCCAAGUGGGGCGCACAAUCAGUUCAUACCUCUACAGGUUACGAAAAAAAGGGUUGCAAACAGGAAGCAUUUUGAGAAUAAGGAGGCCCAGAGUUCUCAAGCCACACCACUUCAGACUAGCCAGCCAGGAUCUUCUGAAGCCACCCAAGUAAUUCCACAAGAAAGCCCAUCAGCCUCUUUGAAGUGCUCUCAGGAUGCCCAGCCCGUAUCGUCUCAAGUGGACACUGCCGCCCAAGGCCAUGGUGUGUCCCACCAGAAAACAGCACCAAGCUCCUCAAGAAGGAAAUCAAGGAAACUGGCCGUCAACUUUAGCGUUCCCAAACCUUCUGAAUAAAUUUGGUACCUGGGAAUUAAUUUCUUUUAUUUCCAUCUACCUUUUUAUAAAUUGAUAUCUAUGUGUCAGAAAUGUGCUAUUUUAGAAUAUGUUUAGAUUGAAUAUUUGUAUUUUUAAGUUAUCAGGCACUUUUCAUGCUAUUUAAGACUAUAUCAAAUUGUGCACUUUAAAUAUGUGCAAUUUGUUGUAUAUCAGUGAUACCUCAAUAAAACUAAAAAAGAUCAAAUUAAAUCUUAUAUUAAAAUAAAUAUCAAAUUGGGCAUGGUAGUUCAUGCCUAUAACCCUCAUGCUUGAGAAGCUGAGACAGGAGGAUUGCCAUAUAUUUAAGGUUAGCCAAGACUACAUAAUGAGUCCCUGGCCAGCCUGAAACCUUGCUUCAAAACCAAAAAUAUAAAGUAGAUAUCAGUGGGCUAAAUGUUAAAAUGUACCACUCUAACUAACCAUUGGCUUCCUCAUUAGAAACAUUCUUGACCUAUAAAUUAGUCAUCAUAUUAUCAUAAUUAUAAGCUUUUUUACACUAUUAUUGAGGGAUAGUUAAAUGCAGCAUGAAUUAGGCCUCCUAAUUUCCUAAGUAUGAGUUUUACUUCUCUUUAAUGACGUGGCAACGUGGCUGGGAGAAUGGUCCUUGCUCCAUCAUCACGUGAGUCUGUUGCCAGAGGCGGUCCCAGGAUGCCCUGGAGCCAGCGCACUGACUGGUGCUGCCAGCGUUGCUCUGUUCUAAACCUGUACCAAAGCAGCUCUAGAAAACCCUCCAAUCAUCUGUAUGGCUGCUUCGAACUCGGAAUAGCAAUCUAGAGUUGAGAAAUGACUUUUUUUUUUUAGAUUGUUCAAAAACCAGCAUUAAGAAUUUUUAAUAAAAUUAAGUUUCACAAUCUCCAGGGUAAAAUGGUUACAAAUCAGUCUUCAAAUAGAGUACAGUGCAAAGUGUUAAUCACUUCAUUCUUGCUUAGGCUUCUUGGCUUUUGUUCAUCUUGAGAUGGGGACUUGCUGUGUCGUGCUGGCUGGCCUAGUACCCAUGGCAGUCCUCCAGGCUCUGGGAUUCCAGCCGUGCAUCAGCACACCCACUUCUGUGACUUCUUCCCUGCUUACUUCAUGUAUGUGAAGGCUCAUCGGGGUCCAUGUGUAGAGCUUCCCUGGACUGACAAGAUUUUAAACUUUUUAAAAAUUCCAAGGUGUUUGUGUGUACGUUAUUUCCUGCCUGUCCCAUAAGUUGUGCGUUUUGGCACUUGCUGAGCUGUUCAGUGAUGCCACAUCCGUCUCUGCAUGUCACUCAUGUCUGUUGUUCAUACUGCUGAAAUGAUUUGGAUUUUAUGAAAUUUCUCAAUGACAUCAGGACCUGCAUUUGUAUAUGGACAUAUAUUUAUCUUGUAGUUUUGUGAUAUGUUUAUAUUUUUAAGGAUAAAAUGAUCAUACUUUUUAAAAAGUAGGAACCAGUCUCUGUAUGGAGCUGCCGAUUGCUGUGUGUGAUUUCAUUAGGUCUCUGCAAACUCUGCCAUGCGUCCCUACUGCUUUUGAAAAUGCUGGCGGUGAACUGAGUUCCUUUCUCUGCUGAUUCCAGUGUUUCUCUAAAUGAGGGCAGGAUAUAUGUAUACUAGUGCCUUUAGUAUAAAAGGUAAAUGGUCGUUUCCUUCACUGUCUGUGCUCAUGUGACUUUCUGUUACUGUUUGUCAGUGCCCAGCACUUCCUCACAUGCAGGAAGCCUGGGGUAAGGCUCAGGACAUCCUCGGUGUUUGUCCUCUCAAACUCACGCUGCAGGCGCAGUGGAAUGCUCGGAUAUGACGCUUGUUGUGAUAGCCCCUUCCAAGAAUCCCAUUCAGAUUUUUUUCUACAUUCACUUACUCCUGUAUGAUGGUGCAGAACACAGAGAAAGGAUCCCUUUUGAAAAUCGCCUGAGAGAUUUUAGUCAACACAGUGCCAUUGAACCUGUAAAAGUAUUUCUCUAAAAUUUGAGCACAAGCUAGUAAUUCUAUAUAGAGAGCCAGUAAGAAUAUUUGACCUUCCUUUUAAAAACAAAAAUAAAAAUGCUAAGAGUCAAACUUAAAGAGAAAAUAAAAUAAGAGAGGAUUGAUUGUGUAUUGGCAGAUAGGCAGUAUGAUGUAUUUUCUGUCCCCUCCCCCAAAGUCCUGUUCUCAACACAGGUCUGACGUCUAGGGCAGGCGCAGCCUCUGGAAGAUGUAGGGCAUGCCUGUCCUGACAGCUGAGCAGCUAUGAGGACACGGGAUCUAGCACAUCUCUGCAACAGCUGCACUGUGGGACCCAUACAGCUUCCACCCUCAAGAUUCGAAAAUACGCUCAGUUGGCUGUUGAAUCUAAGAAUUUUGGUGAAAAUGGUGAACUCUGGUCACAAAAAAAAAAAAAGGUUCUCCCUGACUGUGUUCAUGUAACUAGAAAAGUUAUUUGAUUAAACCUUCCCCUCCUUACUGGAAGCUGUUGCUAAUAUCCUUGUUCAACAAGUCUUUUUUAAGCAAAUUAAGUUAAUUUAAAGAUGAGUCCUUUUAAUCAUUGCUUCUUUUCACAAUUCUGUGUGUUACUUGGUCAUUACCCUAGUUUUAAAAUUUGUCAGAUAAAAUGCAUGAAUUGACUCAAACAACUUCAUAGACAUCUAUACCUUGGCUGUGUCGGCAGAUUCUGUCCUCUGAAUCAGUUUCAGUUUGAGAUCUUCCCUGGCUGAGAAUGGUACCCAGCACAUCAUUAAUCCCGGCUCUCUGGAAGCUGCAGCAGAACUGAAUCCCAAGCAAGCCUGGGCUGUGGAGAUAGAUGCUGCCCAGAGCAGUAAGUAGUGAAGACUGCGGCUGGUCCCCUCCUUCCCCAGGUGGACAGAAUUAAGAGUACAAUGGCCAUUUUCCUGUCACUAUUUCCCUUGGUGUUUAGACAGUACUAGGUUCUUGAUUCUCAGGGGAGGAGGCACAGAGAGGGAGACAGGUAAUAUCCAGUAGUAUUUGCACACUUCGAUGUACUUUUUUUUCGGGGGGGAGGGGGAAUUCCAGACAAGGUUUCUCUGUGUAGCCCUAGCUGUCCUGGAACUAGCUCUGUAGAUCAGGCUGGCCUGGAACUCACAGAGAUCCGCCUGCCUCUGCCUCCCCAGUGCUGGGAUUAAAGGUGUGCACCACCACCGCCCCAAUGUACUUUUUUAUCUCAAGGAAAUAAGCUAUAGGGUUAUUUUAUUUACUCUUAUUUUAUGUGCCUGUUCUCUUUGUAUCAACAAAUAUUUUUUUUCAUACUGGUUAUUUAGUUUUCUCCAUAUAUGACAGAACUCCGUGGCUCUUCACUAAAGGUAGCUCUCACACUCUUCUCUGCUAUAUUUCUUUGUACCCUCUUGCAUCCAAACUUUUCUUUUACUAUAGAAGAGAAUCUAUUAGAAAUUAUUAUGAGACGUAUCCUAUAUCUUUUUUUCUAAAAAACUGUCACCAAAAAAAUCAUUAUUUUCUUUAGAGAUUGUGAGCCUUCUACAUUUGUUUUUCAAUAAAGUGGUGUUUUUUUGCAGGCACUUCUUUUGCUAUCAAAAAAAAUAAAUAAAGGUUAAAUUUUUAGUGUUUUUCAGAUCGACAGUUCGUAUUCUCGUUAGACAUCCUUAUUUUCUGUCAGGCCAGAAAGAGACAGCCAGAGGGACAGCGGCUCUCCAGUGACGGGAGAACAGACAAGCAGGCUUAGUGCAACAGAACUGGACCUUUUUUGGAAGAGAGGACAGGAGGGGAAAGAGUUCAAGUGGCAAGAAUGUUAGAAUCAAUGUGUCUGUGGGUAAAAUCUCCCUGCUCUUAGUGAUGCUGAAGAGACUGCUUUCUAGGAGAUUGUAUUUUAUAAUCGUGAAAUCUGUAGAAGUUUAUUUCCCACCACAUGGCCCAUUACAACCAAUUAUGACAGCAGAAGAUGGUCUGUGUAGCUGCUUAGGGUUAGACGCCACAUUCUCAUACUGAUUCUCUCAAAGUGAUAGGGGGAGAAUCUGCUCCACAGCCUGCUUUAAGUGCUUGCUCCCUCGGGCGCCCUCUUUCCUCCCCCUCCCCUCCAUCCCUCUCCCUCCUCGCCCCUGCUGCAUAGCCUUUCAGUCCCCCAGCCUCCAGAGUAUGGUUCCAUGCCCAGUGUGCUUUAAGUACUAUCAAUCCUGCCUUUCCUUUACAGUUAGAGGUACGUGCGUGUGCGUGUGUGUGUGAUGUUUCAAGACAGGAAUUCUCUGUGUACCCUUGG